CUCGCGGCAAAGACACGGGCGAGGACAGCAUCCCUGUGCCACGCCGCCGCCACCCCCGCUGGCAACUCGCCGUCACCGCUUCUCCGGCGAGAACCCCGACCUCGGCUCGCAGUUCCUAUCCGUCUCUCCGGCGUCUGCCGUCUGGCAUUCCCCACCUCCCCUAGACCUUGGUUCCUUACUCCCUAGCCCUAGGCCCUAGGCGAGAGCAGGGACAGCCCAGCGCAGCGCAUCGACACGAUUUCCCCGCCGUCGCCGCAUCGACGAACCAAGACUACGACUGCGGACCGCUCCCCUCCCCCCGCCGGCUGCUCCGCCCUCGCCCCUCCCUCAGCUUGCUAUCUCGGGCCACCGCUCCUCUGCUCCCGCUCGGUCGCUCCUGGCUCUGGCUGGACCGCUAGGCAGUGCUCGGCCGCCGCGGUACCGCCGGACGCCAGCCGGUGUCCGCCUUCAGCAGCUCUUCCCGCCGGCCGCCACUUCAUGUCUGCCUCCUAUGCAGAUACUCAAAAUGUCCAAAGUGAACGAAGAUGAUAUUAUCGAUACUUCCAUAGCCAUGCAAGGUGUAAGCCCGAGAAAUUGAGGUGGGCCACCCUGCUUCAAAAUCCUUGAUCCGCCAUGAAACUGACCUGCUUGGCCUCUCCCGGCGGCGGCGGCGGUUACCAUGCACCAGCGAGCCACUUGCUGGAGCUGGAAGGGCUUCGCCUCCUGCUCGACUGCCCCGUCGAUCUCUCGUGCCUCGCUGCAUUUGCCCCGGUGCCCCUCGACGCGGGAUCCGGUGAUGCAGGGGACCUCAUCUGCGCAGUGCCGUACUACUGGUCACCAGCGGUGGCUGCAGCUGCCAAAGCAGGUGGCGUGGAUGCCGUGCUCGUGUCAUCUGCCACGGGGAUGCUUGGGCUACCCUUCCUCACCCGGCUCCCCAGCUUCGCGAACACAAAGGUUUAUGUUACAGAGGUAGCUUCAAAGAUUGGAAAGCUAAUGAUGGCGGAGCUGGUGGAGAUGCACUCUCAGUUUGUAAGCUUCUAUGGACCUGAUAUGGAUGGGAUACCCAAGUGGAUGGAAGGGGAGAAACAAAGUAAACUCAUGUCAAUGUUGCAGAAGAUAGGGAUUGAAGAUGAGCGGAAUGAUUUAUCUCCUCUAAUGCCUCUGUACAGUGCAGCAAACAUAGAAGAAUGCAUGCAGAAAAUCCAGCCUAUCAAAUACGGUCAGGAGGUUUGCUUCAAUGGCAUGUUGAUGCUGAAAGCCUCUAGUUCUGGCCUGGAGCUUGGCAAUUGUGCCUGGUCAUUAGAAGGUCCAAGAGCAAGUAUUACCUACUUGCCAAGCACAGUGUUUGUGUCAGCCCAUGCCUUAGAUUGUGACUAUAACUCGCUGAAGGAAAAUGAUGUUAUUUUGUUUUCGGAUUUCUCAUCCUUUAAUGUCAUGGAUGAGGAUGAUGAGAAUCUGGGUGAGAAUGCAAUGCUUUGUGAUGACUCAGUGUCAAGGGAUGAUGGUGUUGGUGAGGAUGAAAACGUCCAGACCCUGUGUAAGAAUGAUGACAUUGCAGAGGAGAUUGAGAGAAUCAGCUUCAUAUGUUCAUCUAUAAUAGAUGCGAUAAAAUCUGGAGGUUCUGUUUUAGUACCAAUAGAACGACUUGGUGUUAUUCUCUUAAUCUUGGAGCUUAUGUCAGAAACUCUACAUUCUUUCGACGUGAAGGUACCUAUAUUUAUCAUUUCUGGUGCAGCAGAAAAAAUGAUUGCCUUUACCAAUGCUGUGCCAGAAUGGCUAUGCAAGCCACGCCAAGAAAAGCUAUUCUCAGGAGAGGCAUUAUUUGGCCAUGUGGAGCUUUUGAAGGAAGGGAAGUUAUUUAUGUUCCCUCAUCUAUACUCAAAGGGCAUGCUGGCAGCAUGGAAGGAGCCUUGCAUUGUAUUUUGUCCAGACUUGAGCCUCAGGCAUGGCACAGUCGUCCAUUUGCUUCGUCGGUGGCAUGCAGAUAAACGAAAUCUUCUUAUUUUGGAACAAGGAGUUGAUAAUGAGUUAGCUCUUAAGCCUUUCAUGCCUGUCUCAAUCCAGAUCCUCGAGUGUUCUUUCCUUUCUGGAAUAAAGGCGUGGAAAGUUAAUCCAUUACUGACAGUUCUCAAACCGAAGCUUAUUCUGUUUCCUGAAGAAAUGAAGUUACGGUGCCCACUGAAGGAGGGCGCUCCAUGGCCAUGCCUGUAUUACUCCAAGGGCAAGACCAUCGAGGUCCCGAACACACGAGAAGAAUUCGAGGUGCGACUCGCAGCCAACGUGGCCCUUAGGUUGCAGCCUAGGCAGCUGGACGGGACUGUUGCUGUCGCUAGGUUGAGAGCAAAGCUCCAUCUCAGCAACGGACAGUAUAUGCUGGUUGCUCCCAAGGAUCAGUCUGAUGACCAAACGAAGCGGCCGUUGAUGCACUGGGGAGCUGUUGAUGCAGGCCAUGUUUUGUCGGCGUUGCGAGAGAAGGGGAUGUCAUGUGCUUUUUCUGUAGAUGAUGUUGGUUUGGUAGGUUCUGAGCGCUCUAUUUUGGUUACUAGUCCGGGAGAUGCUCUGGUGAAGAUAACGUCUGAAAAAACCGUUAUUUACUGCGAUGAUGAAGGAACAAGCAAGCAAAUUUAUGAUGCUCUCGGUAGCGUUUGUAAUGGAAUCUAAUUACGUGCUACUAUAUGAUUAUGAAAAGGAUAGAUGUGGAAUGUUAUGAUCUGGUUUUCGCAGAGAAAUUGAUGGGGAUUGGAAUGGUC